CGCGCUGGUCACGUGCUCGGUGCUCGCAGACCCUGUCACGUGACCAGCGCUGGGUUCUCGGUGCCACAGUGACAUCAGCGCCGGAAGUUCGCGAGAAUGAGCUACUCAGAGAAGCCCGAGGAGAUCACAAAGGACGAAUGGAUGGAAAAAUUAAAUAACUUGCACAUCCAGAGGGCGGAUAUGAACCGACUCAUCAUGAACUACCUGGUGACAGAAGGAUUUAAGGAAGCGGCCGAGAAGUUUCGUUUGGAGUCUGGAAUCGAGCCGAGUGUGGAUUUGGAGAGCCUGGAUGAAAGGAUAAAGAUUCGGGAGAUGAUCCUCAAAGGGCAGAUUCAGGAAGCCAUCGCUCUGAUAAACUCUCUGCACCCGGAGCUCCUGGACACUCACCGCUACCUCUAUUUCCACCUACAGCAACAACAUCUCAUAGAGCUGAUCAGGCAGCGGGAGACGGAAGCGGCCUUGGAGUUUGCCCAGACCCAGCUGGCCGAGCAGGGGGAGGAGAGCCGGGAAUGUCUGACGGAGAUGGAGAGGACACUGGCACUGCUGGCAUUUGAUAACCCCGAGGACUCUCCAUUUGGUGACCUACUUAACAUGAUGCAAAGACAGAAGGUGUGGAGCGAAGUCAACCAGGCCGUGCUAGACUACGAGAACCGCGAGUCCACGCCCAAGUUGGCCAAACUGCUCAAACUCCUCCUCUGGGCUCAGAACGAGCUAGAUCAAAAGAAAGUCAAAUACCCCAAGAUGGCCGACCUCAGCAAAGGAACGGUAGAGGACCCCAAGUAACAGACAGAAGGGCCCGCAUCCCUCGCAAAACCUCCUGCACCAUCAGUCUGUGACUGCAACGUUUUCUAUCAGUAUGCCAACCUGGACACUUCCUGUUUUGUUUUUGUUUUUUGGGGUCUCUGACAUCA